CCCAGAUUAUUUGUCCCGACCCCCCAUGAUAAAAUGAGUUACGAACGUGUACACAUAGUUCGUUCCUUGAGAGACACCGUGGCUUGCAAACGAGCGAAUCAUCGCAGUUGCUCAGUGUUUGGAUUUACAAAACCUCGAAAAAGCCAGCUCAUCAAUUGCUUACAUUCAGCAGCUUCUCUCAAGGGAUGUUGCAUGCCAGACAGAAAACCUGGAAACGCAUAUUUGUAGGCACAAAGCUAUCCUUAAAGUCUAUUCAGCCCCAUUUUAAAAGUGAAGACUGCGAUGCCUUUAGAGACCGUAGCACUCAUCUCAACGCCACCUCAGAGAUUCUGGGUGUGGACGCCCCUGGCUCCUCCCACAUGUCCAGCCACAGCGAGGAGCUGAAGAUUCUGAGCGUCUACGGAAAAGGGGAGGGCCCUCUGGCGGUGGAGGACCAUGACACCCUCUUCACAGCGUCAGAAGUGGAGGCCCUGAACUCGCUGUCUGCGGACCACAGCGAGGCCAAGAGCCUGGAGCGCGGCGAGCGGCUGGUCUGCCACGAGGAGCUGAGUGUGCAGCAGACCCCAGACACCAUUUCAAUCAAAGUUGAAGAGGAUAUUGGUGGAGGCUUGCCCGCCGCAGAAGACUGUGAUGCCUUUGGAGACCGUAGCACUCAGCGCAACGCCACCUCAAAGAUUCUGGGUGUGGACGCCCCUGGCUCCUCCCACAUGUCCAGUCGUAGCGAGGAACUGCUGCAGACCCCAGACAACAUUUCAAUCAAGGUUGAAGAGGAUAUUGGUGGAGGCUUGCCCGCCGUAGAAGACGGCAAUGACAUCAGAGACUGCAGCACGCAGCGUGGCGCCACCUCGGAGAGUCUGCGUGUGGACGCCCCUGGCUCCUCCCACAUGUCAAGUCACAGCGGGGAGCUGCGCAUCCUGAGCGUUUACGGACAAGGGGAGGGCCCACUGGCGGUGGACGGCCAUGACACCCUCUUUGUCGCGUCAGAACUGGAGGUCUUGAGCUCGCUGUCCACAGGCCACAGCGUGGCCAAGAGCCUGAACUGCAGCGUGCAGCUCGUCCGCCUUGAGGAGCUGACUGGGCAUCGGGGCGGCCGCAAGGACCGGCCCGGUGUCUUGUGUGGAAAGGUUAUUCCCAACAAUGCCAAUAUGAUCGUCCACAUGAUGCCUCACUCUGAGGAGAAGCCCUACAAGUGUGACCAAUGCCCAAAGCGUUUCAGUCAUAGCUCCGCCCUGAAUAUCCACAUGAGGACUCACUCCGGGGUGAAGUCCUACAAGUGUGACCAAUGCACGAAGAGCUUCAGUCAGAAAAGCUACCUGAAGAUCCACAUGAGAACUCACUCCGGCGAGAAGCCCUACAAGUGUGACCAAUGCAUGAAGUGCUUCAGUCAUAGCUCCACCCUGAAUUUCCACAUGUCGACGCACACCGGCGAGAAGACCUACAGGUGUGACCACUGCCCGAAGUGCUUCAGUCAUGCCAGUCUCCUGAAGUUCCACAUGUCGCGUCACUCUGCGGAGAAGCCCUACAGGUGUGACCAAUGCCCGAAGCGCUACCUACGGAAAUGCGACCUGAAGAUCCACCUGAGGACUCACUCCGGUGAGAAGCCCUACAAGUGUGACCAAUGCAUGAAGUGCUUCAUUCAGAAAGGCCCCCUGAUGAGCCACAUGAAUACUCACUCCGGUGAGAAGCCCUACAAGUGUGACCAAUGCACGAAGUGCUUCACUCUGAAUGCCCUCCUGAAGCACCACAUGAGUACUCACUCCCUUGAGAGGCCCUACAAGUGUGACCAAUGCAUGAAGUGCUUCAAGCGGACAGGCGACCUGAAGAUCCACAUGAAGACUCACUCCGGGGAGAAGCGCCACAUGAGGACUCACUCCGGGGAGAAGCCCUACAAGUGUGACCAAUGCACGAAGUGCUUCUGUCGGAAAGGCCCCCUGAAGCGCCACAUGAUGACUCACUCUGGGGAGAAGCCCUACAAGUGUGACCAAUGCACGAAGUGCUUCUGUUGGAAAGGCCUCCUGAAUAUCCACAUGAGGACUCACUCUAGGGAGAAGACCUACAGGUGUGACCAAUGCACGGAGCUCUUCCAACGGAAAUGCGACCUGAAGAUCCACCUGAGGACUCACUCCGUUAAGAAGCCCGUUAAGAAGCCCUACAAGUGUGACCAUUGCAUGAAGUUCUUCAGUCAGAGAGGCACGAUGAUUAUCCACAUGAGGAGUCACUCCGAGGAAUAUCCCUACAGGUGUGACCAAUGCCCGAUGCGCUUCACUCAAGGUUGCUUCCUGAAGGACCACAUGUUGACUCACACCGGCAAUAAGCCCUGCGUGUGUCUGGAGUGCAACGCCAGCUACAGCGACCCAAGCAGUUUGCGUUUGCACUUGCUCAAAGCACACUUUGACGCAAGGUAACGGGACGCUUUGAUUGAGACCUCUGUCUGGUAUUGGUUUAAAUGACUGCUUUUAGUUUUUCUUUUGAUCACGAUUAAACGCUUUCUUCUCUUGAUUCGCUUUCUGUUGUUUUUAUUAAUUGAUGUCUGUGUUUAAUAACUUAUUUCUAGGACACUUCUGACAGCAAAAUAUUUGAUUCAAUGUAGAGCUUGAUCAGGGGAAGAUACAGUCAGCAAAGUUGCCAAGCAUACAGUCAAUGAGACGAUGGGUGUACAUGAUUCUUAUAGGAAACGUUCACAUCGUGGGUAAAUACAAAGGAAACAAAGGUCAGGGGGAGGGGCCUUCGUGGAGUUUAGGAUUGGCCAGAGGAGGGACCAAGUUAAAUUGCAAUUCACAGGCUGUUUCCCAAUGUCAAGGAAGCAUGCUCAACGGCCGCCCUUUUAAGGACGCUACGUCAUCGAACGUC